CCUGGGGGCUGUCGUAAAUGAUAAAGGUGCCGGAAAUAGUAACUGUAGGAAAUCUGGAGGGCUUAAGACAUGGAACUAGGAGAUGAAAUUUCUGACUGACAUCUGUCCCAAACCGCUGGGUGUGGAAAUUGUCUAAGCGAUACCUCCAAUUUAACUACAACAGAUUAUAAAACACACCUGUUAAGCCCCAAAAGUGUAUAAGGUCCAAAAUAAUUAACUUUAUAAAAAGAUGUUUAUUUUAUUAAUUUAUCAAUUAUUGAUAAUUAUAAUAUCAUCAGAAGCUCAAUUUAACUUGAAUCAACUUGGACUUGGAAAUUUAGGAGGGGCAUUGAAUGGGUUACUUGGGGGAGGACAGAGACCGCAACAUAACCCUCAACAUAACCCUCCUAAUCAACAACAUAAUGGUAAAUAA